UAAACAGUCCAGUAAGUAACACAAGCAAUAGCAAUAUAUAUUCUAAAGAGAUGGCCGGCAUUUUGGAGCAGCAGCCAAAGCCACAGCUGGCAUCGCCAUUGGACAGCACCACUGUCAUGAAGCCAAUAACGCAGCAGCCAAACACGGAGCUCAUCAAGGAAGAUCACCAGCCCUUCUUGUCGUCAGACAGCACUGUCAUGAAGCAGAAGUCUCCCCAGCAAAAGAUGGAAUUGAUCAAGGGAGAACGCCACUUAUUCUCCUCGUCUGAUGAUAGCACGGUGAUGAAGCAGAUAACGGCGACACAUGCGCCGGAUGGCCGUGAGGUGGAUGUUAUGCCAAUUCUGCAUAUUGUUGAAGACAUCAUGCAACGAGCUACCCCUUCUUUAAUAUUGAUGCCACAAACUCAACUGGAGCUGGUUGAGCAAACUACCCAUCGUGCUGCAGUUGUUUCUAUGCUUGAAGCUGUUGCAUACACUGUUCAUAGAAUGUCAAGCGAGAUAAACUACAAAUGCUCAAUUGGGGGAGAUGCGCAUGCAACAACACUGGCUCUGUUACAAUCUUUGUCAAGCUACACUUGGGAUGCCAAACUUGUCCUUGUCCUGGCAGCCUUCACCAUGAGGUACGGCGAGUUCUGGCUCACUACUCAACUCCACACUGUGAAUCCUCUGGCCAAACCAUUGGCACAGCUUAAGCAGCUCCCAAACAUACUGGAACAGACUAAUAUCCUGAAGCCAAGGUUUGAUGCCAUUAAUAAUCUUAUAAAGGCAAUGCUUGAUGUUGCCAAAUGCAUUGUUGAGUUCAGAGAGCUGCCCUCUGAGUACAUAUCUUAUGAUGCACCGGACAUGGCCAUGGCCUUGGCUCAUAUCCCAAUUGCUGUUUAUUGGACCAUCAGAGGGGCCAUUGCAUGUACCUCUCAGAUUGUUGGCCUCAUUGGUCUUGGCCGUGAGUACAUUAGCUCCACCACUGAGGCAUGGGAGCUCUCAAGUUUGGCUCACAAAAUCAACAACAUUUACGGCCACUUAAUUAAGCAAUUGACCACGUGUCAACAACAAAUUGGUGAGAAGAAGCAUAUGGAGGCCUACCAGACACUAGUGAGACUAUUUGAAACUAUUCACCUUGACAACAUGAAGAUCCUCAGGGCACUCAUGCACUCAAAGGAUGACCUGCCUAUCAUGGACGGCGUCGCCAAGAAAAGAGUCAGCGUCGAAGUACUAAGAAGAAAGAUAGUCAUGUUAUUCAUUUCCGAUCUCGAUAUCACCCAUGAAGAACUUUUCGUUUUGAUUCAAAUAUACAAUGAUACACACCAAGGAAGGGUUGAGAGACACUAUGAUAUAGUAUGGCUCCCUAUCAUUGAUCGUCAUGUUCCUUGGCUACAUGCUAGAGAAGAGAGCUUCAAUAGCUUGACAUCAUCAAUGCCAUGGUACUCGUUGGUGCAUCCUUCAUUGUUGGAUAAGGCGGUUGUGCAGUACAUAAGGAAUGUGUGGCAUUUUAACAAGAAGCCAAUGUUGGUGGUGUUGGAUCCACAGGGGAAGGUGGUGUGCCCCAAUGCAAUGCAUAUGAUGUGGAUUUGGGGUAGUAUAGCCUACCCUUUCACUAGCAACAGGGAGGAGGCUCUAUGGAAGGAAGAGAUUUGGAGGCUUGAAUUAUUAGUCGAUGAAAUUGAUCCUACUAUUCUUCAAUGGGUGACUGAAGGAAGGCAUGUGUGUCUCUAUGGAGGAGAUAACAUAGACUGGAUAAGAAGGUUCACUACAACAAUGAGACGCAUCACUCAAGAAGCAAAGAUCCCAUUGGAGAUGGUCUACGUAGGCAGGAGCAACCCUAAAGAGAAGGUCAAGAAAGCAAUGUCAGUCAUAGCAGAUGAGAAACUGAGUGGGUAUUGGCAAGAGCUGGCCAUGAUAUGGUUCUUUUGGAUACGUCUGGAGAGCAUGUGGUAUUCCAAGAUGCAGCAUGGCCGCACAGUUGAGGAUGAUCAUAUAAUGCAAGAAGUGAUGCAGAUGCUGAGUUUUGAUAGUAGUGAAGAAGGCUGGGCUAUCAUCAGCAGGGGUUCGGUGGAGGUCCUAAAGUCACAGGGAAAGAAGCUGUUGGAUUGUCUGAUGAAGUAUGAUAGUUGGAAGGGCAACGUGGAGCAAGUGGGGUUCAUUCCGGCGCUGGAGAUAGCACUGCUGCCCUACCAGACUCAUGAGCAUUGCAGCAAGCUUAUACUUCCGGGUGACACAGGCAUGAUUGGAGAAAAGGUGGCUUGUGCUGAGUGUAAGAAACCCAUGGAGAAGUAUGUUCUUUAUCGCUGCUGCACUGAUUGAGUAUUGGUGUGUAUGAUUUGAAGUGCUUUGCUGUUCAAUGAAGAUGAUGCCAAGAA